AGGAAGAAGAAGAAGGAAAAACAAAAAACACUGCGCUUCCGGGUCAAAUCCGAGGAACCUAAACAUUUCUAGGUUCCUUGGUCCAGUCUGAAUUAAUCCCAGCACAGGUUGUAAAAGUUGUCAGUUCAUUGUGUCAGAAGGUCCAUGAUUAGAGAAGACUCCAGACUCUAUCCGGCCACACAGUGAAGAGACGCCAUGGCGACCACCAUCGUUACUCAGCGGGGACAGGUGUACAUUGGGGAGCUUCCCCAGGACUUCCUGCGGAUCACCCCCACCCAGCAGCAGCAGCAGGUCCAGAUGGACGCCCAUGCAGCCAGGCAGCUGCAGUUUGGAGGCUCAAUAGGCACUGUGGGGCGACUCAGCAUUACUGUGGUCCAGGCCAAGCUUGCUAAAAACUACGGUAUGACCCGGAUGGACCCGUACUGCAGGAUCCGUUUGGGCUAUGCAGUCUACGAGACACCCACUGCUCACAACGGGGCCAAGAACCCACGGUGGAACAAGGUGAUCCAGUGCACGGUGCCUCCUGGGGUGGACUCCUUCUACCUGGAGAUCUUUGAUGAGAGAGCGUUCUCCAUGGAUGACAGGAUAGCAUGGACACACGUCACCAUCCCUGAAGGCCUGAGGGAGGGCAGUGUGGUGGACGAGUGGUUCAGCCUCAGUGGCAGGCAGGGCGAUGACAAGGAGGGCAUGAUCAACCUAGUCAUGUCUUUUGCCUCCUUACCAGCAGGGAUGAUGACUCAGCCUGUGGUCCUAAUGCCCUCUGUUUAUCAGCAAGGAGUGGGAUAUGUGCCCAUUGCAGGAGUGCCUGCAGUCUACAACCAGGGCAUGGUGCCCAUGGCUAUGCCAGCAGCUGUGCCAGCUGUUGGGGGCCAGGUGUCGGUGUGCAGCGAGGAGGACCUGAAGGCUCUGCAGGACAUGUUCCCCAACCUGGAUAAGGAGGUGGUCCGCACUGUGCUGGACGCACAACAGGGCAACAAGGAUGCUGCCAUCAACUCUCUGCUGCAGAUGGCUGAAGAGCUCUAACCGCAGAACACAAUCUCAUAGCAGACACACCAACGUGCACGCUCAAACACGCACAUGCACACACACACACACACACACACGCACACACACGCACACACACACACACACACACACACACACACAGCCUCCAAUCUCCCCUGCACACUGCAGCCAUAUCUGAGCUCCCAGGCUUCCUGGUAGCUGUUUGCUCCCCCUUUAUUGACUCCUGGUUUAAAAUGAUAUCAAAAGGCAGAUGUAUUUGGGAUAUUCACGUCAGGAUCCUUAAGGUUUAUGUCACAGUGUGUUUUCAUCCCGCUGACCCCAGGCUUUUACUUGCACUGUUUGAGCUGUAGUGAGUAAAGUUCAGAGUCCAUCUUCUGUUGAUGUUGUUGUUAAUUGGAUGUGUAGAACAUGUCUGCAGCAACUUCUAGUGAACUUCUGCUGUUUUAUAUGUAGCUGUAAAAUGUUUAGUGCAUUCAAAAUCUGAUAAAUUAUUAUGGAUGUAUUAAAUUACCGUAUAUAAAAUUCUAUAUGUACCACAGUGAUUAACAAAUUAUUUCUUUGCAAAGUUUUAUUGAAAUCAUUUUUCAGACAGUGGAGUAACAAUGUAAGGAAAUAUUCUGAAGAAAUGUCCUGUGGAACUUCUUUAAAUAACUGUUGAGUUUUGAUGGAGUGUGAACAUGAUGAGAAUGAAGUUAUGAAUGAUGAAUGAUGAAAUCAGGAUGUCUUACAGCUCAGCCGAAGGUUUUCUGUAGAUAUUGUGACACUAAAGCAUUUCAAUCCAAGGUGUCUACACAGAUACUUUGUUGAAGUAAAGACCUUUACCAGAGUAAUUCAUUCCACUUUCAAUGAGCUAAAUAUCCACAACUGUAUUCAGAAAUAUUAUUGGUAAUUAGUAUAGCUAGUGGCCUGACUUUCAUGGUCCCCAGAAGCUGACUCCUAAUGCUUUUGCUGACCCCACCCCCUCCUUUCCUUUACUAUCACAGCAUAAUGAGGGAAAAGCUUGUUAAUGAUGUAAAAACAGAUUUGGGGAGCUUAUUGGAGAUCGAUAGGUUGAUGUAAUGGACUGUAGUUUCUAACAUUGCAAGCAGAGCUUAACAUGUUUAGUCUUGUUUUUCAGCCACAAUGCUUGUCUGUGUUGUAGUUCUUUAAGCUUUGUAUUGACACUUGUAUGUCACAAGGUCUUGAUUCUAAUGUGCUGUCUGCCAAAGGUUUCAUUAACAUAUGUCUGAUAGUU